AUGACUACUCCCCUUAAACUUCUCGGCCUCCCUAUUCUAGCGAUAGCUGAAAUUUUAAAGCCAUUGGAUCCGAUUGAGUUACUAAACCUGUCGCAAACGUCUCGAAAGGUGUCUCGAUUGAUUUUCCUUGCAAAUACCCACCGUUGGGAGGUCUCCUUCGACAAGUAUAUCAUCAUUCAUACCAAAAAAUAUUCAUACAAUAUAAUUAUCACCCAAACAGCAAAAUGGAUGAGUGUGAUGAUGACAAAAAAUGGAAAUAGUGAAGCCAAGGGGUGGCGGACUCUUUAUUGGAAAUCUGCUGACUGGAUUUCCCUUGUAUUCCACAUAAUCCAAGUUUUCAAGUGUCCUAUCACCAAAAUUCGUACCGGCUACUCAAUGAACUUCCAGGAUUUUCAGCGGGUUAUGGAAUUUGUUAUGGCGAGACAGUCGGAGAUGAAACUGUUGGAGUUAACGCCUCUGGAGCUCGACGAAAAUGUUCUGGAGGGUAUUUUCAAGAGGAUAAAGAUCACAGACACCCUGACCAUUUUUCACAAGUUCUCUCCGAAAUUCUGCUAUCGAAAUGACCCAAAGCACAUUUAUAUAAAACACUCCGGCUGGUUCGGACUCAAAAAUUUAUUGGAUUGUGUCUCCAAUUGUGUCUCGAUGGAAUUGUCGUGGGCCUCACUGACGAAUAGACAUCUAAACAUGUUCCUUAAAACAUGGAUGUCUGGGAAGUACCCCAACCUGCACUACUUAAAAAUUAGCGGUGAAAAGUUGAAUUUCAAGGGAAAGAUUCUGGGAAUGGAGUUGCCAAUUGAGGAGAUUGAGGACCCAUGGGUAGUAGAGGACACAAUUGGAGGAAUCAUUCGUACCUGUGUUGGAAGCGUUCAAAUCCGGCGGCCUGAUGGAGUUAAGGCGUAUAUUCAUAUGGAUGAAAGUGGGGCGUUCCCGUUUCAUGUUGAGCUCACGUUUUUUGUUUGGAAAUAA